AUGGGGACCAGGAGGGUGCUGGUGACUGGGUGCUCCUCUGGCAUCGGCUUGGCUGUGGCCUCACGGCUGGCCAAAGACGAGCUGAGACGGUUUAAAGUGGUUGCCACAAUGAGGGAUCUUCAGAAACGGGGGCCAUUGGAGGAAGCAGCAGGUGACUGUUUAAACAAAACCCUGGAAAUCAAAGAGUUGGACGCUUGUUGUGAAGCUUCCAUCAAAGAGUGCGUCAACAGCCUUCCAAACAGACGGGUGGAUGUUCUAGUGAGCAAUGCUGGCGUUGGCAUGAUUGGGCCGCUGGAGUGCCAAAGCAUUGCUGCCAUGAAGGAGCUCUUUGACACAAACUUCUUUGGCCUGGUGCGGCUGGUGAAAGAGGUGCUGCCAGACAUGAAGCAGCGGCAGAGCGGCCAUAUUGUGGUGAUGAGCAGUGUCAUGGGAAUACAGGGACUGCUGUUCAACGAUGUCUACUCUGCCUCCAAAUUUGCUGUGGAAGGAUUUUGUGAAAGCCUGGCAGUGCAAGCGUUGAAGUUUCACAUCAAGACAACUCUGGUGGAACCUGGUCCUGUGGUCACAGAGUUUGAAAGCAAAGUGUAUGAAGAAGCUGAGAAGAUGGAUCUAUCAGAGACAGAUGAAGAGACUGCCAAGAUCUUCCGUGAAGUUUACCUUCCAUACUCUAAAAAGGUCUUCGCCUCAUUAGGACAGACACCAGAGGAAGUGGCAGAGCAAACACUUAAAGUGAUCACAGCCAAGGAUCCUCCUCUGCGCCACCAGACCAACCGCCUGUACACGCCCGUGACUGCACUGAAGCACGCAGAUCCGACCGGCCGACUGCCUCUGGACGCUUUCUACAAGAUGAUCUUUAAGCAUGACAAUGUGCUCAAUGCUACUCUUGGGGUUCUGCGCAUGCUGCAGAAGAAAACAGGCAAGAAAUGA